UGAAAUUUUGAAAGCAAAAGACAGGUGGUUGGCAUUUGAAGACGACUCACCUCAAAAAAAAAAUUUGAAACGAGAACGCAAAAGUUAUUUUCCUCAAAUUGAAGAAGCUGUGUCUUUAUGGGCGGAGCAGGCAAUUCAAGAUGGAAUCACUUUUAAUGGUCAUGUUUUACAAACUAAAGCGAAGAAAUUAGCAGAGUUAAUGAAAAUUAAAAACUUUUUAGCUUCAGAUGGGUGGCUCACUAAAUUUCAACAACGAAAUGAUUUACGAGUUUAUAAACGCAAAGCUCAUGCGCCAAUCUCUGGAGCGAAACGACUUAAAGAUCGUGUUUCGAUUAUGAUCACAUGUAAUGUAACUGGAGACCACAAGCUACCAUUAUUAUUUAUUUAUCAAAGUCAAACACCUCGUUGUCUUAAAGAAAUUUCAAAACCAAGCCUUCCCGUUUGGUAUUAUUGGAAUGCCAAGGCUUGGAUGGUGCGAUCAAUUUUUGGACAUUAUCUUAACCAUUUAGAUUCAAUAAUGAGACAUGCUAAUCAUCAGAUUUUAUUACUCGCUGAUAAUGCAACAUCACAUAAACCCGAAGAA